AUGUCUCUUGUGAACACCAUCCCCGCCGAGUCCUACUUGGGGACUAUUGGUGGCAUCAGUGUUUCUUGGAACCCAAACGCAAUUACCAACCUACCUGCAAACGCUGAAGCCUACAGGGUGGAAUUGAAAGCACUGAAGAGUACCACUGAAACCGUGGCUGUCGCGUGUGCUCGAAGGAUAAGGAAAACCUCUGUCCGCAUCUUGGGCUCGUUUCACGAUUCAACCACCAACUUAGCUGCUGGUGAAAUAACGGAAGACGCAUGCCAUUGCUCAAUUUCUCUCAAACCAGGAGGUGCCAAAGCCCAUAUCUACGUGACUAACCUCCGGAGGGUGCCGAUCGAAAGCAUGAGAUUGCUGGGAGAAAGCAUUAUCCUGAAAGGCUCCAUGUCCCGGGACCCAAACUUGUCUAUUGGUUCACUACCUGUUGUGUGGCCCUGGGAAUAG